AUGGUAACCCCCGCCUCAUACAACAAGGCAAGUACCAGGGUCACCCCCGCCUCAUACAACAAGGCAAGUACCAGGGUCACCGCCGCCUCAUACAACAAGGCAAGUACCAUGGUCACCGCCGCCUCAUACAACAAGGCAAGUACCAGGGUCACCGCCGCCUCAUACAACAAGGCAAGUACCAGGGUCACCGCCGCCUCAUACAACAAGGCAAGUACCAGGGUCACCGCCGCCUCAUUCAACAAGGCAAGUACCAGGGACACCGCCGCCUCAUACAACAAGGCAAGUACCAGGGUCACCGCCGCCUCAUACAACAAGGCAAGUACCAGGGUCACCGCCGCCUCAUACAACAAGGCAAGUACCAGGGUCACCGCCGCCUCAUACAACAAGGCAAGUACCAGGGUCACCGCCGCCUCAUACAACAAGGCAAGUACCAGGGUCACCGCCGCCUCAUUCAACAAGGCAAGUACCAGGGACACCGCCGCCUCAUACAACAAGGCAAGUACCAGGGACACCGCCGCCUCAUACAACAAGGCAAGUACCAGGGUCACCGCCGCCUCAUACAACAAGGCAAGUACCAGGGUCACCGCCGCCUCAUUCAACAAGGCAAGUACCAGGGACACCGCCGCCUCAUACAACAAGGCAAGUACCAGGGUCACCGCCGCCUCAUACAACAAGGCAAGUACCAGGGUAACCCCCGCCUCAUACAACAAGGCAAGUACCAGGGUCACCGCCGCCUCAUACAACAAGGCAAGUACCAGGGUCACCCCCGCCUCAUACAACAAGGCAAGUACCAGGGUAACCCCCGCCUCAUACAACAAGGCAAGUACCAGGGUAACCCCCGCCUCAUACAACAAGGCAAGUACCAGGGUCACCGCCGCCUCAUACAACAAGGCAAGUACCAGGGUCACCGCCGCCUCAUACAACAAGGCAAGUACCAGGGACACCGCCGCCUCAUACAACAAGGCUAGUACCAGGGUCACCGCCGCCUCAUACAACAAGGCAAGUACCAGGGACACCGCCGCCUCAUACAACAAGGCAAGUACCAGGGUCACCGCCGCCUCAUACAACAAGGCAAGUACCAGGGUCACCGCCGCCUCAUACAACAAGGCAAGUACCAGGGUCACCGCCGCCUCAUACAACAAGGCAAGUACCAGGGUCACCGCCGCCUCAUUCAACAAGGCAAGUACCAGGGACACCGCCGCCUCAUACAACAAGGCAAGUACCAGGGUCACCGCCGCCUCAUACAACAAGGCAAGUACCAGGGUCACCGCCGCCUCAUACAACAAGGCAAGUACCAGGGUCACCGCCGCCUCAUACAACAAGGCAAGUACCAGGGUCACCGCCGCCUCAUACAACAAGGCAAGUACCAGGGUCACCGCCGCCUCAUACAACAAGGCAAGUACCAGGGUCACCGCCGCCUCAUUCAACAAGGCAAGUACCAGGGACACCGCCGCCUCAUACAACAAGGCAAGUACCAGGGACACCGCCGCCUCAUACAACAAGGCAAGUACCAGGGUCACCGCCGCCUCAUACAACAAGGCAAGUACCAGGGUCACCGCCGCCUCAUUCAACAAGGCAAGUACCAGGGACACCGCCGCCUCAUACAACAAGGCAAGUACCAGGGUCACCGCCGCCUCAUACAACAAGGCAAGUACCAGGGUAACCCCCGCCUCAUACAACAAGGCAAGUACCAGGGUCACCGCCGCCUCAUACAACAAGGCAAGUACCAGGGUCACCCCCGCCUCAUACAACAAGGCAAGUACCAGGGAAACCCCCGCCUCAUACAACAAGGCAAGUACCAGGGUAACCCCCGCCUCAUACAACAAGGCAAGUACCAGGGUCACCGCCGCCUCAUACAACAAGGCAAGUACCAGGGUCACCGCCGCCUCAUACAACAAGGCAAGUACCAGGGACACCGCCGCCUCAUACAACAAGGCUAGUACCAGGGUCACCGCCGCCUCAUACAACAAGGCAAGUACCAGGGACACCGCCGCCUCAUACAACAAGGCAAGUACCAGGGUCACCGCCGCCUCAUACAAAAAGGCAAGUACCAGGGUCACCGCCGCCUCAUACAACAAGGCUAGUACCAGGGUCACCGCCGCCUCAUACAACAAGGCAAGUACCAGGGUAACCCCCGCCUCAUACAACAAGGCAAGUACCAGGGUCACCGCCGCCUCAUACAACAAGGCUAGUACCAGGGUCACCGCCGCCUCAUACAACAAGGCAAGUACCAGGGUCACCGCCGCCUCAUACAACAAGGCAAGUACCAGGGUAACCCCCGCCUCAUACAACAAGGCAAGUACCAGGGUCACCGCCGCCUCAUACAACAAGGCUAGUACCAGGGUCACCGCCGCCUCAUACAACAAGGCAAGUACCAGGGUCACCGCCGCCUCAUACAACAAGGCAAGUACCAGGGUCACCGCCGCCUCAUACAACAAGGCAAGUACCAGGGUCACCGCCGCCUCAUACAACAAGGCUAGUACCAGGGUCACCGCCGCCUCAUACAACAAGGCUAGUACCAGGGUCACCGCCGCCUCAUACAACAAGGCUAGUACCAGGGUCACCGCCGCCUCAUACAUCAAGACUCGUUCGAGUCGCCUCGAACGACUCGGUGACUCGAGUCACCGCCGCCUUAUUACUUUAGUAACAAUCGGCUCAUGGAUGUCAGCGAUGAAAGCUGAUGAUCACUGGCAGUCUGUUGCAUCUGUGGGUGAACUUACAGGGCAGUACAGACUUUCUCUUAAGUCUUAUCUCUCGUAUAUUGUUAAUCUCAAUCUUCACGAGACCGGACUCUGUAGGCGGUUCCUACGUCGGCCAACGUGGUACCUAUUAAAUCCUGAUGACGAGAGCUGUCAUCAUAUACACAACAUGGCAGAGUCAAGUUUUGAAAUAAAGAAACUCAGUGCACUCAGUGAGGAUUAA